UUAAAAGCGGAAAAUUUUCAAAAAUUUACGAAAGCACCUUAAAUGGAUUGAAGUGGUUUCUUCCUACUCCGAUUGUCAUCAAUCACGUCUAUUCCCCCAACCAGUUCUUCAAUUAUUUUUUGAAAAAAAUCUUCAACAAUUUUACCUCUAAACUCUCCCAUCGCUUCUCCUCCGCUCCGCUCCGCUCUUCCGCCCAUGGAUUCCGACGCCGCCGACGAAGUAGUUUUCGAAUUCCAACCGGUCUUCCGCGUCUUCAGAAGCGGCCGCGUCGAGAGGCUCAUUCCCGGCGACCGCGUUCCGCCGUCGACUGAUCAGCGGACCGGCGUGCAGUCCAAAGACAUCCUCAUCGAUCCACAAACUGGAGUCUCCGUCCGCAUUUACCUCCCGCCGGUUCCGGAUUCAACAAAGCUCCCGCUCCUAAUUUACAUCCACGGCGGCGCAUUCGCAAUCGGCUCCGCCGAUUCCGCCAUCUACCACCGCCACCUGAUCUCCCUCGCCGCCGAAGCGAACGCCGUCGCUCUGUCGGUGAACUACCGGCUGGCGCCUGAGCAUCCUCUCCCUGCGGCGUACGACGACGCCUGGACGUCGGUGGAAUGGGCCGCCUCGCACGCGAAUCGCGACGGCGCGGAGAUUUGGCUGAACAACCACGCGGAUUUUGAUCGCGUUUUCCUUGUUGGAGACAGCGCUGGGGCCAACAUUUCGUACAACUUAGUGGGCCGGGCUGGUAAUGGGCCGGCGGGAUUGAACAUUGUUGGGCUGGGCCUGAUCCAUCCGUUUUUCAUGAUAGACAAGCCCGAUAAGCUGAUCGAGUACAUCUUCCCGACGUCGGCGGGUCUGGAGGAUCCGAGGAUGAACCCGAGAGCGAACCCGGAACUACGGAGCCUACGGUGCACCCAGGUGGUGAUACUCGUGGCGGAGAAUGAUUGGCUGAAGGAUAGGGGGCGUGGGUUUCACGCGGCGCUGAGGGAGAGUGGGUGGAAGGGGUCGGUGGAGAUUGUGGAAACGGAGGGGGAGGGCCACGUGUUCCAUUUGUUUAAUCCGGAGAACGAGAAGGCUGCUACGUUGGUGAAACAGGUGGCUUCCUUCAUCCAAUCAACGAGCGGAUCCACGUUGGAAUCGGAGACACAUGCCCUUAAAAUUUGAUUAAAUAUAAUAUAUUGCAUCAAGUGAUCAACAGAAUCGUACUUGGUAUAGUGGCUUUCGACCUCACUUAAAGUAAUUUUAAUUUUUAUGUUUAAUUAAGUUUAUAUUACACAACAUGCUUUUUUUAAUAAAGUUAAAUUCAU